AUGUCGUUCGCUCCACUACCUCGAGCUCAUCAUGUCAAUAUAGAUGAGAUACCACUAAAUUCGCCCCUUGACGAUGCUCCGCCAGAGGUAGAAUCUCACAGCUUUAAGCCCUCACGUGGCUUCAUUUAUGCCUUUCUAUCAAUCUGUAUCAUUACUCUCGCCGCAGCACUAGAUGCGACCUCACUCGCCAUAGCUUUACCCAUCAUUACGGGAAAGCUACACGGGACAGCUAUCGAAGCAUUUUGGUCAGGUACCUCCUUCCUCAUCACGUCAGCCGUUUUUCAGCCUAUCCUAGCUGGACUUAGCCACAUAUUUGGAAGGAAAGAGCUAAUCCUCGUAUCCGCACUCUUUUUUGCCGUGGGGUCUUUUCUCGGAGCUAUUGCCAAUAAUUUCACUGUAAUGCUGAUUGGGCGAUCGGUUCAAGGUAUCGGCGGUGGUGGCAUUCUAACUCUCGGAGAAAUUAUGUUGACCGAUCUGGUCCCGCUCGCAUAUCGUGGGGCCUGGUUUGGUUACUUGGGUUCUGUCUGGGCGAUUGGAUCCGUGACCGGACCCCUAAUGGGAGCAUCUUUCGCCCAAAGAGUGACAUGGCGAUGGAUUUUUUGGAUCAACCUACCCAUCAUAGGUAUUGGAUCUGUGGCCAUUCUUCUCUUCCUCAAGCUCGACAAAACACCCGGAAAAAUUAGUGAGAAGCUUGCUAGGUUUGACUGGUACGGGUCCGUUGUAUUUUGCGGAUCCUGCGUCUCUUUUUUGAUACCCUUGACAUGGGGUGGAGUCAUGUAUUCUUGGGGCCACUGGCGAACGCUAGUCCCUCUCUUCGUGGGGCCUGUUGGACUCGCUGCAUUCCUCUAUUAUGAAUGGCUUCUCAGCGUGGAACCUAUCAUACGCUUCACCAUCUUCAACAAUGCAACCAUGGUAUUGACAUACAUCCAGACUGUCCUUCAUGGUAUCGUCUUGUGGAGUCUUCUAUACUUCUUGCCUCUAUACUACGAGGGAGUAAAGGAAUACUCUUUGAUUCUGACGGGUGUCGCUGCGUUACCUGAGACUGGAUUUGUUGCACCCAUGGCUGUGAUGGUGGGCGUGAUCAGUGCCAAGACGGGUCAUUAUCGAUGGGCCAUAUGGGUAGGAUGGGCCCUGACCACUUUUGGUGCAGGUCUCCUCGUCCUCCUCAAACCGGAAACAACUGUCGUCCAAUGGAUCUUUCUCAACAUCACGAUUUCUAUCGGUACUGGUAUGCUGUUUACUGCGAUGGGUCUCGCUGUACAAGCAGCCGGAGUACCUGAAGAUGCAGGACAUGCCGCUGGAUUUUACUCGUUCGCUCGUGUUAUCGGUCAAUCUCUCGGUGUCGCUAUUGGAGGAGUUGUUUUUCAAAAUCAAAUUUAUUCUAAUCUUCUCGAAUACCCUCUUUUGGCCCCACAGGCUCAACAAUACUCCAAGGAGGCGACAGUGCUGGUGGUCAUCAUAAAGAUGAUGCAGCCUGGCCCACAAAAGACUCAGCUUAUCCAAGCAUAUUCUGAUGCUCUCUCCAUGAUUUGGGUUGUAAUGUGUGCUGUUGCAGGCCUUGGUCUUUUAUUAUCUAUCUUCAUCAAAGGUUACACCCUGGAACAAGAACACAAGACUCUGCAAGGCUAUAAAUAUGAUGGUGUUGACGCGGAUGAGGAACGUGCAAGCUCAAGCUAUGGCGCUCAAAAAUACAGCUCCAGCCCUCAAAAUGGUCAUGUUUACAGUGGGCCCAUGGGGAGCGUUAGUAACCUUGAAAUGAGCAAUCUUAGCAGUGUUUAUGGUUUGAGUACGGCACAAGCACACGCUAGCAAUGCCUCCUCGCUUGACCACGAACCUGAAGGAAUGAAUCGACGGCGAGGUGCCACUAUGAGCUCUUCCGCCUCCGUCACUGGCAUUGAACCACAAACGCAUCAUACGGCUUUAUAA